AUGAGGAAUAAUAUUGACUUAAUAUUUGAGGAAGCAAAUAAUGAAAAGUUAAAGGAAGGAAUUACUAAAAAUAACAGAUUAAGCACUGAUAAUGGGAAUAAAAAAGAAUUGGAUUUAUCAAAUUCAUUAGAUUAUUUAAGUUCAAGCAUUAACUAUAGACAGUCAGUAUGCAGUGUAAAUUCAAAUUUACCAGAAAAUUCUAAUAAGGGAUUAUUUGAUGAUUUAGAAGAUGAAUUGUAUAAAGAUUCAAUAGACUCAAAACUUGAUUCCUUAAAGAUUAAUAAUAAUGAUUUAAGAUUUAUAAAUGAUACUGUAGAAGAUAGAGAUCUAGAUGGUGUUGGAAUUGACAUUAAUAAUAUAAAUAACGAUCAUUAUAAUAUUACGGAAAGUAAUCAUAAAGAUCAAAAAAGUAAUAUAGUGGAAAUAUUAAACAAAGUUGAGGACCGUAGAACGAGUAUGUUAUCAAAUGACCAGAACAGUUUUACAGAUGAUUCAAUGUUUAAUGUGAAUAAUAGCUUUGGGUCAAAUAUGGCAAACUACUCUGCAUAUGAUAGUGUUCAUGAAAUUAAUUUAGGAUCAAAUCAAAAGAUUGAAAAUCAUGAAAAUGUAUUAUUAAAUAGAAUGAUAGAUAAUCAAGGAAUAUAUAAUGACAUAAAUACAAUGUGUGAAACAUUAUCAGCAACUAUAAAAGAUAAUUUUCAAAUUCAUAAUAAUGAAAUCAAGAAUUUGACAGAUAAAGUAAAUAAUAUUGAAAAUAAACUUAAUGAGUUAAUUACACUAUUCACCACAAAAAUGAAGUCUGUAUCUCAAGGAAAUAAUGCUUCUUUUAACUCAAAUAAUUAUACUAAUAAUGGUAAUAAUCUUAGUGAUCAUGCUUUUAAUCGUAAUAAUAAUCAAAAUAAUGUCGAUCCAUUUCCUCAAUUCAAUGAUAGGUUUGGAGGAGGAGGAAUGGGAGGCUUAGGUGGUUCAGAUUAUAAUAUAAAUUUAAAUAAUCGAAAUAUUGGUCAAAAUAUUGGUAAUAUUAGACAAAAUCAACUUUUUACAAACAAUAACCACAAUAUUCUAUCACAAAAUUCUGCUUAUUCACAAAGACCUAAUAUUGAUGGGGAUGAUAUUUUUGGUAAUUCUAACUUUAAUAAUGGAAGCAAGAUGAAUUCUAAUUCUUUUAGAGAGAGUCAGAAAGAAGCUGAAAAACGAGCUGAAAUUGAAAGAAUCAAAAAGCUUGAAGCUGAAAGAAGGAAAAAGGAAGAAGCUGAGAGAAAGAGAAUAGAAGAAGAAAAAAGAAAACAGAAGGAAGAAGCUGAGAGAAAAUUAAAAGCCGACAUUAAACGUAAAGAAAUAAUGGAUUCUCUAUUUGCUUGUCAAGCCAGCGAUAAUGCAAGCAAUUCAGAAAAGAAACCAAGUCUUUUUGGCGAUGAGUCAUCCGAUUUUAAUUCAAGAAAAAAUUUAUUUGAUGACUAA